CCCAAACCCUACUCUGUCACUCCGAUCUGAGCUUCCACUGAGAAAUGAAGCAUUUCAUGCAACCAAGAAACACGAUCUUGAGAGAAACUCAAGAUCCACCUCCAUCUUCUUCACCAAACCCUAAAUCCAAGUCCCUGAGAAAGCAGAAAUCCUCCAAGGAAAAUGCUCCACCACCAGAUCCGAACUCUCAAUCGUCUCCUGCCAUCAAGACGAAGAGCCCGCUGCCGCCACGUCCACCCUCCUCCAACCCACUCAAGCGCAAGCUCAGUAUGGAAGCCCUUGCUGAAAAAGCCCUAGCUGAAAAUUCCGCUACAGGAGUUUCCGAUUCGGGUGUCAAGGUGAUAGUACGGAUGCGUCCACCAAACAAGGAAGAAGAAGAAGAAGAGAUGAUACUUCAGAAAACUUCAAAUGAUUCUUUGACUAUUAAUGGACAGAUGUUCACAUUUGAUGCAGUUGCUGACACUGGUGCAACUCAGCUUGAUAUAUUUGAGCUUGUUGGGGCCCCUCUUGUUGAAAACUGUCUGGCUGGAUUUAACAGCUCUGUAUUUGCCUAUGGGCAGACGGGAAGUGGAAAGACUUACACUAUGUUGGGUCCAGCCAAUGCCUUGUUGGAAGAAAACCUAUCAAGCGAACAACAGGGCUUAACCCCCCGAGUUUUUGAGCUUCUUUUUGCACGAAUAAAUGAGGAGCAAGUUAAGCAUGCUGAAAAACAACUCAAGUAUCAGUGUCGCUGUUCUUUUCUUGAGAUUUACAAUGAACAAAUCACAGAUUUGCUGGAUCCCAACCAAAAGAACCUGCAGAUAAGAGAAGAUGUCAAGUCCGGUGUUUAUGUUGAAAAUUUGACAGAGGAGUAUGUUAGUACAAUGAAGGAUGUGACCCGCCUUUUGACAAAGGGGUUGUCAAACAGGAGAACAGGUUCAACUACUAUAAAUGCAGAGAGUUCUCGUUCACAUAGUGUUUUUACUUGUAUUGUUGAAUCCCGAUGUAAGAGCAUGGCAGAUGGUUUCAGCAGCUUUAAAACAAGCCGAAUAAAUCUGGUUGAUCUAGCUGGGUCAGAGAGGCAAAAACUAACAGGUGCUGCGGGAGAACGCUUGAAGGAAGCAGGGAAUAUUAACCGUUCACUCUCACAGCUUGGUAACUUGAUAAACAUUCUUGCUGAAGUUUCACAAAAUGGAAAGCAAAGGCAUAUUCCGUAUAGAGACUCCAGGUUGACAUUUUUAUUACAGGAAUCUCUUGGUGGCAAUGCCAAAUUAGCAAUGGUCUGUGCUGUUUCUCCUGCACAACGCUGUAAGAGUGAAACAUUUAGCACACUAAGAUUUGCACAACGUGCAAAGGCAAUCAAGAAUAAGGCUGUUGUCAAUGAAGUGAUGCAGGAUGAUGUGAAUUUUUUGCGUGAAGUUAUACGGCAGCUGAGGGAUGAACUCUAUCGAAUGAAGGCAAAUAGCAAUACACCGACCAAUCCAGAUGGAGGUUACUCAACUGGUUGGAAUGCCCGUAGAAGUUUGAAUUUAUUAAAAUUUAGCCUCAAUCAUCCAAGGACAUUACCACAUCUUGAUGAAGAUGGUGAUGAGGAGAUGGAAAUAGACGAGGAAGCUGUUGAGAAGUUCUAUGUUCAAGUAGGUCUGCUGCAAUCAGUUGGUAUUGAAGAGCAGGACAAAAAUAAUGUGUGCAAAGUAGAGACUCAGACUAUUGAAUCAGAUACUGAUGUGAACAUGGAGGAAGAAACAUCCGAACAAGCUAAGAACUCUGAGACCUUGAUUGUUGAUUUUGCAGAACAAGUUACAGAAAGUCCAGAUCUUUCCAGUUGUCAUGUGCUUGCCAAUAAUCCUGAACCUGAAAGUGUUGACCAGAAUCCAUUUUGCCAAAUUGUUGAAAAACUUGAUGGGAGUUCCUCUGGACAGCCCUCUGAGGAGAAAGCAACUUUGAAUUCUGCUGUCAAUGAUUUGGUAAUGGAAGAAUUGUCAUGCAAAAAUAUUGGAAAUGGAUCACCGUGCCCAGUUGCAGACCCUCUUUGUGAGGUUUCUGAACUUUCUGCUGCAGACACACUCAAUAAUUUGGAGAAUGGCUCUGGUGGUACUGCACCCCAUAGUCUCUCCAUUGUUACCUCUGAUGUGUCCCCCAUUCUUAAAUCUCCAACACUAAGUGCCUCACCCAGAAUCAACCACAGUAGGAAAAGUCUGAGAACAUCAUCAAUGUUAACUGCUUCACAGAAAGAUCUCAAGGAUGAGAGGUUAAGCUCAGAGACCAUGUGUAAUGCUCUGGUAAAUUCCAAAAAAUGCAUCUCUUCUAGUGCUCUCUCAACCAAAAAGAGUACUAGUUUUGUAUCACCAUCUGAAGAUUUGGCAGCUAGCCUCCACCGUGGCCUAGAGAUUAUUGAAAGUCACCGACAGAGUUCAGCAUUGAGGCGGUCAUUAUUCCGGUUCUCAUUAAAACCUGCUGAUUCAAAGCCAAGCUUUGCAGUUUGUAAAGUUGAUGCUGGUGUGCAGACUUUUCCUCAAGAUGAUGAGAUGUUAGAAGCAAAGCAAGAGGUAUUUUUAUGCAGUAGCUGCAAAAGGAUAACCCUAGAAGGAAAAGAGGAUGAAAACUGCUCAAACAUGCAAUUAGUACCAGUUGAUGAUGGAUCAGAGUCUGCUGAGAAAUCCAAGAAGCAGGUUCCGAAAGCCGUGGAGAGGGUUCUGGCUGGAUCUAUCAGGAGAGAAAUGGCACUAGAAGAGUUUUGUGCCAAACAAGCUUCAGAAAUAACACAGUUAAACCGCUUGGUCCAACAGUACAAACAUGAGAGAGAGUGCAAUGCCAUAAUAGCACAGACAAAGGAGGAUAAAAUUCUUCGCCUAGAGAGCCUUAUGGAUGGUGUUUUGCCCACUGAUGAAUUCAUGGAGGAAGAGCUGGCCUCUCUCACACACGAGCAUAAGCUUCUGAAGAACAAAUAUGAGAACCAUCCUGAAAUUUUAAGAACAAAGAUUGAGUUGAAAAGAGUUCAAGAUGAACUGGAACGCUUGCGGAAUUUUUAUGAGUUGGGUGAGAGGGAAGUUUUGUUGGAAGAAAUUCAGGAUUUAAGAAGUCAAUUAGAGUACUAUAUAGACUCCUCAUCAACAUCAACUCGAAGACAAAAUUCUCUACUGCAAUUGACGUAUUCAUGUGAGCCCAAUAUGGUUGCACCUCUCACUGUAAUCCCAGAGACAAAUGAGGAGAGUGCUGAGGUGAAACUUGAGCUGGAAAGAAGUCGCUGGACUGAGGCAGAGAGCAAAUGGAUUUCUGUAGCGGAGGAAUUAAGAACUGAACUUGGAGCUAGCAGGUCUCUAGCUGAAAGGAUGAAGCUGGAAUUAGAUACAGAAAAGAAAUGUGCAGAGGAGUUGAAGGAAGCAAUGCAAAUGGCUAUGGAGGGACAUGCACGAAUGCUUGAACAGUAUGCAGAUCUUCAGGAGAAGCAUAUCCAACUGCUUGCCAGGCAUAGAAAAAUUCAAGAAGGAAUAGAUGAUGUUAAAAAGGCAGCUGCUAGAGCUGGGGUCAGGGGUGCUGAAUCAAGGUUCAUAAAUGCCCUUGCUGCAGAAAUUUCUGCACUAAAAGUGGAAAGAGAAAAGGAGAGGCGCUACCUCAGGGAUGAAAAUAAAGGACUUCAGGCUCAAUUGAGAGAUACUGCUGAAGCUGUGCAGGCUGCAGGGGAGUUGCUUGUCCGCCUAAAAGAAGCAGAAGAAGCUGUGAUUGUUGCUGAGAAGCGAGCUAGUGAAGCAGAGAAGGAAACUGAGAAGGCUUUUAAACAGAUUGAUAAAUUAAAGAGAAAACACCAGAGUGAGAUUAACUCUCUUAAUGAGCUUCUGCCAGAGUCUCGCCUGCCAAGGGAAGCAAUACAACCUGCUUACAAUGACUUUAACACGGCUAAGUAUGAUGCAGACGAACCCCAUGAUGCUGGUGAUCAGCAAUGGAGACAAGAGUUUGAGCCAUUCUAUAAGAGUGAUGAUGGUGAGUUAUCGAAGCUUGCAGAACCCUCAUCUUGGUUCUCUGGUUAUGAUCGUUGCAACAUAUAAAUACGUUUAGCUGCAGAGCGUAUGUAUUUUGCAAAGUUUUUUUUGUUAAAAAAAGUUCUUUAAGAUGUAUCUUUAAAAAUCUAAAUAAAAACAUUGAUUUUGC